AUAAUAUGUGGAGCGGUGGAGGGUGACGACAAUGGGUGGCAUGAGGCGACGGCGAGGGAGGCUUGAGGAGGGAGCUACAGAUCAGAAGCGAGAGACGAGAGAGCAGCUCAUUGUUCACACUCCCUUUCAAUCCACAAAGCACACUCGGGACAAGAUAGUCUCACCACUUGAAGAAGAUGACUCCUGACACAAAUGGCAGUAACACGCAAGUGGAGAACACGAAUGUGACAUUGGUCGAGUUUCUGGAGAAACGUCUGGGACCCCGUCGCUCACCCAUGUUGCUUCCUAUCUUCAUCAAUUACCUGAUCAUAUUUUUGGUCGGCGUGUUUGGCAAUGUGCUGACUUGCACAGUCAUUGCACGCAACAAAGUCAUGUGGACGCCAACCAACUACUACUUGUUCAGCCUGGCCGUGUCGGACUUGCUGGUGCUACUGCUGGGCAUGCCGCUGGAGCUGUACGACCUGUGGCAAAACUACCCUUUUCUGUUUGGGAAGGGAGGCUGCUACUUUAAAAUCUUCCUGUUCGAGACCGUCUGCUUGGCAUCCAUCCUCAAUGUGACGGCGCUGAGCGUGGAACGCUACAUUGCCGUGGUGCACCCACUACGUGCAAAAUAUGUCGUGACGCGCACCCAUGCCAGGCGGGUCAUUCUUACAGUGUGGGGUGUGUCCGUGGUGUGUGCUCUUCCCAACACAAGUUUGCACGGGAUUUCCUACCUGACCAGUAACUCAACCAGCCCUGACGGGCUACACAAUGUGGAGAUCCCUGACUCGGCCAUGUGUACGCUAGUGAAGCCUCUGUGGAUCUAUAAACUUAUCAUCCAAGUCACCACCUUGCUAUUUUUCUUCCUGCCCAUGCUCACCAUUAGUGUUUUAUACACACUUAUCGGGCUGCAGCUCAAACAGGAGAGGAUACACCAAGUGAUGGAAGCAAAAUCAGGUGCCGGUCAGGAAAGCUUAUGUAGCGUCCGCACUCAACAACAAAAGGCCAGACGACGGCAGGUCACCAAAAUGCUGUUUGUUUUAGUGGUGGUUUUCGGGAUCUGCUGGGCCCCAUUCCACACCGAUCGCCUCGUAUGGAGUUUCAUCACCGAGUGGACCGAGAGCCGCAUGCAAGCCUUCGAAUAUGUGCACAUCCUCUCUGGAGUGUUCUUCUACCUCAGCUCGGCAGUCAACCCAAUCCUCUACAACCUAAUGUCCACACGUUUCCGAGAAAUGUUCAAGGACGUCAUGUGCCAUCGGGCGCACAACUCCAUUCCCAGAAAUUAUUCUUUAAGUGUCACUCGGGUGACACUCCGCAGUACCCUGAAUGAAGCGCCACUUAGCAGUGGAGCUAACAUUGGGGAAGUGGAGGUGGAGGAUGGAGAGCAGGCGGUGAAAGAAGAGAUCAAUUGCACAUGUAAAGCUUUGUGAUUUUCUGUUUUCUGUCCAAGACUAUCCAUCCAUUAUCCAUACCAUUGUAUAAUUACUACAGCAGGCGAGGAAAGGCAAAUUAUAAGGACAGAAUUAAAAGGAAGAAUACAUUUUAUUCACUGUUGUUGUGCUGGUCUUAUUCUUGUAGUUUUAUAUGGUCUAUGUUAAAGAGUAUUUGUAUUUGUCCUUAAUUUAUCUGUCUGAAAUCCACAAAAAGUACAGUGUGACACGGUAUUUGUGACAAGGCGAAAUGUAAAUAGUGGAUAUCCGCAUAAAAUGAACACCCUAUUAUAUUGAUAUAACUUGUGAUAUAGUGAGAAUGGUCUAUAUUAUUAGUUUGGUGAUAGUGAAUCUCAACAACGAUAAUGACACACUCAUGCCAUUAUCACAGUUUGGCACCGGCAGAUUCACAAAUUUAUUUUAUUUAUUUUUUGUUUAUAUCUUUACUGCAAACUAUUUCACAAGGUUUUGCAUUGACCUGUCCUGUUCUAUACUGCUUACAGUGGCUUUAAUGUGAACUCGUUGAAACCGGAGCAAAAUAUAUUGUUUUUGUGCUGUUGUGGAUGUAACCGUGAAUAUCUUACGAAUAUCAACUGUUUAAAAAUUUCAAUAUUGUGUGUUGCUAAAAACCAGCAAAAAUAAAGAGGUGCUUUUCUGCCAUGAAGGAAAAUAUGCUCACCUAAGUUUGGCAAUUGUUUUGAUGAUUAUUAAAAUGCUUU